GUCCUCAGUCCAGGCGCAAACCCCAUUAGACUAGAGAGCGAGCGGAGUGCAAGAGAGAAAGUAGACAGAAGGGUUUAGGUCAAGCGGGGUUCAGUAAAUGUAGACUAGCUGGUAAAAGUAAAACAAGACAAAGAGAAAAAGUAACAGAGAGCAGGAGUCUGAGAGAGAGAGAGAGAGAGAGAGAGAGAGAGAGAGAAGUUGUGAAAGAAUGGGCUCUCCAGUGCUCGGUGUGAUUCUUCUCUCUACACUGGUGUAUCUGUCUAGCAUACAUAGUCAAGAGCUGCAGGAUCAAGAUGUUCUAUGCAGUGAGAACAGCUGUUUAGCAAUUUACUUUCAGCGCAAAACCUUCUUGGAUGCCUGGCGCCACUGCAGGAGUCAGGGUGGCAACCUUGCCACCAUCAAGAGUCCAGAAGAGGCAGACCUAACAGAGACUCUCUUCUCCAACCUGGACCUAAAGGAAAGUAGCCGUGUGUUUGUGUGGAUUGGUUUGCAAAGGCAGCCCCGUAAGUGUGCUGCUAACCGUCCGAUGCGAGGCUUCUCUUGGAUUACUGGGGAGCAAGAUACAGGUUACACCAACUGGCAGCAAGAGGACUCUCCAAACACCUGUUCAGUUCCACGUUGCGUGAGCAUAGGGUACAGUACCUCCUCUCCAAAAAGCCAGGACAACUUCAAGUGGAAAGAUGGACCUUGCUCAAUCCCUGUGGAUGGCUAUUUGUGCAGGUACACUUUCUCUGGCAUGUGUCAAGCUAUUUCAAAUGAAGGCUUUGGAAAUGUGCUGUACACAACCCCAUUUAACCUGGUCACCUCGCUCUUGACUUACAUUCCUUUUGGGUCAACUGCAACUGUACCCUGCUUAACUAAAGGUGACCAAACAGUACUGUGUACUCAAAGAGAGGAUGGGACUGUGGGGUGGAAGAGAGAUCCUCCUUACUGCUCUGAUAUUUCCAAGACUAGCUGGUGUGAUAAGGAUAAUGGUGGCUGCCACCAUAACUGCAUAGAAGAUGAAAAUGACUACUAUUGUGAUUGUAAGGACGGCUUUGUCUUGGCUGAAGAUGAAAUGAGUUGCUUUCAAACCGACCCAUGUCAAGGGUCUCCCUGUGAAUAUGAGUGUCUGACAGUGAUGGACAGUUAUCGUUGUGCCUGCCCUGAAGGCUACAUGCUGGCACCGGAUGAACAAGGCUGUCUAGAUGUCGAUGAGUGCUUGCAGAGUCCAUGUGAACAGAUCUGUGUAAAUGCACCAGGCACUUUUGAAUGUCACUGUCGUGAUGGCUAUAAAUCUGAUGAGGUGGGCACUUGUGAGGACAUUGAUGAGUGCACUGAGUCUCCAUGUGAGCAUGAAUGUGAGAAUGUAGUAGGUUCUCAUGUAUGUCAUUGUCACCAUGGCUUUGCGCCAUCUCCAGGUGAUCCAAGUCGCUGCUACGAUGUUGAUGAAUGUCAAAUUGAGGGAACCUGUGAGCAAAUGUGUAUAAAUUCCAAUGGGGGAUUUGAAUGCUACUGUAAUGAGGGUUAUGAUCUCCAAAUUGACUUUUAUUCAUGCAAACCCAGUGAUGAGCAGCAACUUUCCACAGUAUCUUCAUCUAUCGUCUUGAUCACAGACCUUACUAAUCAUACGACAGAACAUCAAGACCUUGAUUACGAGAAGCUACACGAAAAUGAACCUCUGGAUUGGCUUACUGAGCUUCCUAAUUUGGAAAUGGUUCCUACUGACUUGAGGUGGCUCACUAGUGCUACACAGGAGGUAACAGAAACCACUUCACCAACUGAAAGCCCUACUACCCUCAUUAACAUGGAAUUGGAUAAUGUAGACCAACAAACAGUUGCUAUGGAUGCUUUUGAAUCUUCCACCACUUCAACUCCACUGCCUGAAUAUUACGAGGGAGACAGUACCACAGAGCCCAUAGUUUUCCUCACCACUACUGUAGAAAGUGGUGCUUGGAAUUGGAUGUGGUUAAGUCCUAACCCAAAUGAGCUUGACAAAGAGGGUCCUUUCAUUACCAACACAGACUAUGAAACUUAUGAAACCGAUCUUGAUAAUGAUUAUGAAUCUACGACCUCUAACACUGAAAUACAAACACUUACACAGCCCCUCCUUUCCACUCAGGGAGCUAAGGAUGGUGGCAGCAAUGAGCAGACUCAGAGCAGCAGCUGGUUGCUGGUGGGAUUGUUGGUACCGCUCUGCAUCUUCUUAGUGGUUAUGGUGGUACUUGGUAUCAUCUACUGUACUCGGUGCAGUAACUCUAAGCCACAGAACAAGAAUGCCACUGAGUGUUACCACUGGAUUGCUGGUGCUGGUGAUAAAGCAGCUGCUGAUCUGGCAAGUGGUGGUGUAACAAAGGUGUAACCAAACUGUGCAAGGACAAACAAAUGAAAAUUUACAUGUACAGAAACAUUUUUGAUAGAAUUACAGCACAUGGUAGGACAAGGAAAUUAGAUGAAGAACCAUCUUGUAUCAAUACAGUCCUCAAUAACUAAUGGUGGAUUAGGGAAAUAUCUGUCAAUAAUAAAACAGAGGAAAUGGGAGGAACUGUGAAGCCCCUAACACUGUUUCUCUGCUGUACUGAAAGAGAUAAAGAUCCUGUUAUUUUCUUUCUUAGCCUCGUCACCCUACCUGACAUGGUUGCUUAACCGUUGCAAUGUAGCAGCCACAAGGUCAUAGCUAAUGUGAAAAGACACCGUAGUCGUGUUUCACAUAUUUAUAAUUUCUUCAGCUUUUAAGCAGUAUUUUCACCAGGAUAUUGUUUGUGCCUUACAGCAGCCUCAGAGAAGUGUCAUUUUUGUGAAACUACUCGUGCAUUUGCCUUGAUAUUGAGCUAUACUACUUGUUUCAACUCUCUGAGCCAGAUCCGACAGAUGACAAUUUUUGUUUUGUAACCCUGAAAUGGACAAAGUCAGUGAUUGUUACGGUGGACAUCACCAUACUCUCCUGUCUGACUGAGUCACGUUCAACUGUCAGUUAGUGUGAGGUGAUGCUUUGUUCACAACAUGCCAUAAGCGAAUUAUGACAACAAGCAUGCUGUAGAUUUGAAGGAAAUGAAAUAAGAUUAAAUCCUAAUGAACAUAUGCCUUUGAGGUUUAAAGAUGUUUUUUUUUUUUUCUUAAUUUAUGCAUAUUCUUAGUGGUGUCAUUAUGCUCACACUCAUGUACAAAACAUCUGAUCAGAAUUACAUGGUUGAUAUUGUUAUGCGGCCAAGCAAACAAUGUCAAAAAUAGUUUUAAUCUGUAAAUAUUGGAGACUUAUGAACAUCAUUGUUGGAUUCAUUCAUUAACUCUUGCAAGUUCUGCUUAUUAAAGUAUGAUUCCACUUUACUUAUGAUUUCACUGUGACUAAUCAACCAGAAACCUUUUA